GAGAAUCUGUCAAUAGGAGUGGAGGAACUGGGCAGGAGCUCGGUGAUUGGCGUGGCUCAGACGGCCAUGUCAUCGAAACUCAUUGGACCGUGGGGAUUCGGAAUUCUUUUCGGAGAUGGUCUACUCGGCAGUGGAGGCAGUUAA